AUGGAUGCAUCCAAAUCGUCGGUUAGAACCAACCCGAAACCCAUUAAUGUGUUCUACGUAUGGUACACCGAACUAUGUCGCCGUAUAAACUGCACUCCUGCACCCGCCGUCAAACCUGCCAAGCCCAAAUGCCAGACUGUCUUAGACUUCGUGGCCGACCGUCUUAGGCUAGAAGAAUGGAAUCCCAUCAUCAGUGCCCUUCGUCACGAUACCAGUCUUCAUGUUAUUCAGAUCAAGAGUAGAAUAGGUAAUUGUCAGUUUUUGCAAGAUAUUGACACCGAAGAGAAGGCCAGACACAUGAAGAGGCGUUUUGGCUUACUUUGGACAGCGUAUAUAUUGAAACAGCUAACCAAAUCUCUGUCUAUAUCACUAAGACACACUGAAGUUCUAACAGUCCUGGAACUAGAUGGUUUACCUAUGUUUAGUGAUUACCUUGAGCCGCUGUUACAAGCUUUAAAGAAAAAUAAAACCAUCAAAUCAUUAUCUUUUGCCAACUGUCCAAUAAAAGAUGUUGGUUGCCAAUUGGUUUGUGCUUAUUUACGUUUUACGCCAAACGUUGAGGUAAUCAAUCUUUCUGGAUGUGGUUUGACUGUAAAAAGUGGCGAACAGUUAGCCAAAUUAAUAAAGUAUCAACAGAUUAACAGAUACUGUGAGAGUUGGCACAACUCCCUUCGUUACGAAGAUCCAAUGUCUGGAGUUAUGCGAGGAAUUAAAAGAAUUACUAUUAAUUGUAACCCAGAUUUAGGAGACAAUGGGUUUAAUUAUAUUUUAGACGAGCUGGAGGAUGAUCUUUGGAUAAAGGCAUUAGAUGUACAAAGGUGUGGGAUAACAGAAAAUAUAUCGAGUAAAACCAUAAAUGUAGUCGAAUAUAACAAAUCCUUAGAAAUAGUGGACUUGAGACAAAAUGACAUGAUGUGCAUAUCAACAGUUAACAGGAUUCUACAGCUGUUGAGAGAAAAACAGUUUGGACACCCACCAGAAUAUCAGUGGGGUAAUACCGCAGUUUCCCUCACUUGGAACUCACUUCAUGAUUCUUCUUCCAAGUUUUCUUUUGCUGUGAACAACUUAUAUAAAACUAAAUCAGCGCCAAUGGGAAACUUAUCAAAAAACAGCACAUCGACAUUUGUGCAACCAGUAAGGAAAUCUAAAACAGUUCAAAAUGUUACGAAAAUGACAGAUAAAGAAAAGAACCAAUUGAACGAGAACGAACGCAAAGUUUUAGAACUAAACUCCAGAUUAGAGGCUGAAAUACAGAAACGUAAAGAAAUAGAAAAGCGUAAUGAAGUAUUGGAACAUAAAUUGGAGGAAAUUCAAAGCGCCACGAAGACUGAUGAAAAAUCCUCCACUUUGAAAACAAUAAUAAGCGCAAUCGGAAUAAAGGCAAAGAAGAGCAUCUCUGCAGCAGGCGAUGUGAAGAAAAAGACUAAACAAGACAAAUGUAAAACAGCUAAUUCCAAAAAGAACGGUUAUUGUAAUAAAAACGAGCAAGAGUGCAUUGGGAAAGCGAAUGGAUAUAAGAACGGAGUAGCUUGUAAUGGUGUGCUCAAUAUAUAUAAAAACGGUUAUUCCUCUAAGGUAGUGAACGAUGCUUAUAAGAUAUUAGAAACUUUAGUAAAUAGUGGGAGCAAAGUUGAGGAUGAUAAAGAUGAUCAAAAUAUGCUGAGUUGCUACAUAAAUGAUGCAGAAUCCUGUAGAACCUAUACAUGUGAAAAAAAGGAUGUGUCUAAUGAUGUCUCAGAUAGCCAGGUGUCUUUAAUUAAUUACAUGGAAGAAUUAAAGCUUGCUAAUAGCGCUAUCUCGAGUACAAAUCGAAAUGCGACGUGUAAUUCCAAAUAUUUUAUUAAAGAAAAUCAGAAAAGAUAA